AUGCGCAUCCCCAUCCGCAAGCAGCUGGCUCUCCUGCUCAUUGCCUCGUCCACGCUCGGCCUCUCGGUCCUGGCCAUCGCCACAUGGCUCACGAACCACGACUUUGUCUUGAGCGUGGCCGCCAGCAGAUUACGCACGACUGCUGUCCUCAAGUCCGCGCAGAUUGCCUACAAUCUGGAGUUGAUGCAGACGGCCGCCACCUUUCUCACGACAAGAACCAUUAUUCAGCAAGCCCUGGAGCGAUACAACAAUGGCUCCAACACUGCUCCGGACAACUGGCUCUUGGCGAGCUCGGAUUUGCGAGCAACGCUUGGCAAUGUUGGCCCUCUGACCAGUCCGCUGAUUCUACAGACGCAAAUAUUCUCGAGGAAUACAUCAGGACCGGCGGGCGCCACCAGUGUCCUCAACGAAACCGGUCCCAUUGCUCAGAUUCGGCUGCCCUGGAGCGAUGAGCAGGGUAACCCGGUAUAUCUCGGAGAUGCAGGCUCCGGCUACCCUCCCUCACUCUAUCCUAACUUGACCAUGAGCAACGACUCGGCUGCAAGCUCUACAGCAAGCUUCAAUGUCACGAUCAGUGGUCAAGCGACCACCAACUCCAUAUCAAGCUAUACCAUCAGCGACGACCCGACUACAGGCUCGACAGCAACCUAUCAAGGGGGCACCCUGGGUCUCCGAUCGACGCUCAUACUGGGUCCAUUGUCCGUCAAUGCCACCUUUUCUCUGCUCUCGUUCACGCUGCCCAUCGUGAGUAACGCGAACAAUACGAAUGUCAUCGGCUGGGCGACGGUAGUGGGAAAUGCCCGACUUAUUCAGCUCGUGCAGCAGGAUCUUCGAGGGCUGGGAACCACCGGCGAAACUCUGUUGCUGGGGCCCACUGAUCCGACAAACAACUUUCCCGAGGGGAUCAUUGGCAUACCAGACGCCGCUCGAGACGCCUCAGUGCAAUACAUGCUGCCAUUGAAUACCACUUCCAAAGAUCGUCACCCCAACCACAUUCUCGGAACGGAGAAUCCACCAUUUCCGGCCAGCGCGUAUCCAGCAGUAGAGAGAGCGGUCCUCGAAAACAAUCGUGGCAUGGAUGACGUGAAGAGCAUGCUCCGUACACACAACGAGGCAAAUAAAAGCGUAUCUGUGGGCUACUCCAUCGUCCCCACAGACUUGGUCGACUGGAUCGUGGUGGUCGAGCAGGCUCGGAGCGAGGUCUGGGCACCGAUCUACCGUCUCCGAAGGAUCAUUCUGGCGACUUUGUUCGCAGUGGUUGGGUUUUGGACACUGUUAUCCUACCCCAUUGCUCAUUGGGCUGUGCUUCCAAUUGUACGCCUGCGAGCUGCCACUGCGCAGACCAUUGAUCCACCACGGAGCCAUCCCAGUCCAGCAUCUUCUGAUGCCUCGAGUCACCAUUUCACGAAAGUGGACACGAAAUCCGUCGAUUCCCGAUCUGCAAACGGCAAACGAAAGGGCUUCGUCGAAACCAUUGCUCGCUGGCGAGGCAAGCGUAAUGGAUCUAUACACAUCGAACCGCGGGACGAUCAACGCUUUCGAAUCCCCGGCAAAGUACCCGGCAAGAACAAAGGUCGGGUCCAAGACGAGAUGACGGACCUCAUCACCACAUUCAACGACAUGUCGGAUGAGUUGUAUCUCCAAUACAGUCAGCUGGACGAGCGUGUGCGCCAGCGUACGAUUGAGCUGGAGCACAGCAAAAAGGCUGCAGAAGCCGCAAAUGAAAGCAAGACGUUGUUCGUGGCCAAUGUCAGUCAUGAAUUGCGGACUCCGCUCAACGGCAUAUUGGGCAUGUGUGCUGUCUGCAUGGAAGAAUCAGAUUUGAACAAGCUCAAGCAGUCGCUGGGAAUCAUUUACAAAAGCGGAGACCUACUCCUCCGCACACUCACCGACUUGCUGACAUUCUCGACCAACCAAGUUGGCCAUCAAGUGCUGAAGCUGGACGAACGAGAAUUUUACCUGCGCGACCUCGAGUCACAGAUCACCGCACUCUUUGGUGAUCAGGCACGAGAGAAGGGCAUCGCGUUGAAAGUCGUCUUCGAGGAUAUGCCGUUGGAGAGGUUCUCCUCUCCGGACCAGCAGCCUAGUCUCAAGGACAUUGCGCUGUGGGGUGAUAUCCAUCGUAUCAUGCAAAUGGUCAUCAACUUCACCUCGAAUGCCCUCAAAUUCACGCCUGCGGAUGGAUUUGUGACGGUGACGGUGCGAGCUCUCUCCGAAACGCCCGUCAGACACCGAUCGAAUGCAGGGAGCACCAUUCGAUAUUCUCACGGGCGAAUAAAAGAUCAGGCCCAACCGUCUCCGAGUGCAGAUGGCACGGCGAAUUUCAUCAAUCCCCGCGAAAUAUGGCACGAGCAGGUCGAUCCGGUGCCUUGUGCGCCCCCUGGGGACGACAUCUACAUUGAAUUCGAUGUGCGUGAUACGGGACCUGGCAUUCCCGAGGAACAGCAGCGGUCCAUCUUCGAACCCUUUGUGCAGGCAUCCGCUGGACUGAGCAGGAAGCACAGCGGUACGGGGCUGGGACUCAGUAUCUGCCUACAGCUUGCCAGUCUGAUGCGCGGAACCAUUGGCCUCACCAGUACCGUGGGCCGUGGCAGCACUUUCACGACGAAGCUGCCUCUGCGGAGGAUCGUUGGCACCGCCAGUGGCCGCAACUCGUUGACGAUGAAGAACUCCGACCGGAUGCCGACUAUGGGAGAACGGCCUACGGAACGCGUUCCUACCAUUGCGGCCAUGACAGCGCGGUCACCCGUGAGUCCUGUAGCUGCUGCGCCUCCUGAUACUGCUGUGCCCCCACCGUUGACGAGUACGCCGUCAUCGCAAGCCCGAGCCAUUGGCAAGGCGGGCAAAGACAUCAAGGCUGGCAAGGAGGCACAGCAAGACUUUAGCAAUGUCAGAAUCCUGGUAGCGGAGGAUAACAAGGUGAAUCAAGAAGUCAUCUUGAGAAUGUUGAAAUUGGAAAAGAUCUUCGACGUCACCAUCGCCCACGACGGCCAAGCCGCUCUUGACCUGAUCAAAGCCAGCACAUUGUCCAGUGAAGCCUCACAGGACUCAGACGAACAAGCUUCAUCAUCCAAUUCCGCCGAAGACUCUGUCUCAUCCUCCUCCUCCACAACCUCCCCCCGCCCCCAUCCCUACGACCUUGUCUUCAUGGAUAUCCAAAUGCCCCGCAUGGACGGUCUCACAUCGACGCGCCUCAUCCGACAACACGGCUAUACCGGCCCCAUUGUCGCUCUGACAGCGUAUGCGGAACAGAGUAACGUCGAAGGCUGCUAUCAAGCCGGAAUGGACUAUUUCCUCGCCAAACCCAUCAAGAGACCGCUACUGAGGAAGGUAUUGACGGAUUGUUGCUCCUCUUCGUCCACUACGAGUGGUUCCACGCCCAAGGAUGCUUCUGAUGACGACGCGAAGAAAGUCUCGGAGACCGACACCACGGCGAAAACGACGACGGCGACGAACGGCGAUGGCGAUAAGGCUGAUGGGAUCCAACAGACAGCAGAAGGGAUUGAAAUGAAGACACUUGCGAAAGACCCCCAACAACAACCGAAUCAAUCACCGAAAAUUUCUCCUUCUUCGUCGGAACCUACCCAGGAAAAAUAA